GCUGUUGUGAACUUACUUGUCUUUCGAAUCUGACGAUCCUUGCAGCUCAAUCAUGGGUAUCUCCCGUGAUCACUGGCAUAAAAGGAGAGCGACAGGAGGAAAGAGGAAGCCCCUCAGGAAGAAGAGGAAGUUUGAGUUGGGCCGCCCGGCUGCCAACACAAAACUUGGCCCUCACCGUGUGCACACGGUCAGAACUCGUGGUGGAAACUCAAAAUUCCGUGCCCUCCGACUCGACACUGGAAACUUCUCAUGGGCGUCUGAAGGAUGCACCCGUAAGACCCGCAUCAUCGAUGUCGUUUAUAAUGCAUCCAACAACGAGUUGGUGAGGACCAAGACCUUGGUCAAGAACGCAAUUCUCGUCGUGGACGCCACCCCAUUCAGACAGUGGUAUGAGUCCCACUACGUGCUUCCCUUGGGACGCAAGAAGGGUGCCAAGCUGUCUGAGGAGGAGGAGAAGGUGUUAAAUAAGAAGAGGUCCAAAAAGGCCGACAGGAAGUACAAGACUAGGCAAAGAUUGGCCAAGGUCGAGACUGCCUUGGAAGAACAGUUCCAGACUGGUCGCCUCUUGGUAUGCGUCGCCUCUAGGCCAGGACAGGUUGGCAGAGCGGACGGCUACAUUCUGGAAGGAAAGGAAUUGGAAUUCUACAUGCGCAAGAUCAAGGCAAAGAAGGGCAAAUAAGCCUUGUAAUGUAUUUCCUCGCUGUGUUUGAAUAUACAAGAGGGCAAAAAAUUAAAUGAAGUUUUCAUAAUAA